AUGGGUCCGGCCAUCGGGUGGAGGGUGAGCCUGCCAUUCGGCAGGUCUUGCUUGAUUUCUUCCGCGCUAGAUGGACAGAGGAUGAGGGGGCCCAUGAUGGUCACUAACCCUCUCAGGGUGGACGUGGGUAUUGGUGAGGUUGAGUGUGCUUCCUUGAUCCGGCCGGUUAUGGCACAGGAGGUGCAUGAGGCGGUCUGGGCCUUGGCAGCUGACAAGGCCCCGGGACCCGAUGGUUUCCCCCCCUUCUUCUUCCGGCGGUAUUGGGGUAUUAUCCGACCAGCAGUGGUGGAGGCCAUCCAGUGCUUUUUCACCCAGGCAGCGAUGCCUGAAGAUUGGAAGGCCACCUUCAUCACGCUCAUACCUAAGCGCCAGGAUGCGGCUGAGCCUUCCCAGGGAAUGAUGUGGGAUCUUCGGCGGGCUUCGAAGCGGCACAGCUUGAUGGCAGUCAAGCUGGACAUGGAGCGGGCCUUACGACAGGAUCAGGUGGAGUUUUCUCCAGCGGGUACUGGAGGUGCACGGUUUCCCCAGGCAGUGGAUUGGGUGGAUUAUGGGGGUGUGUCCGGGGGCCAAAGUUCUCUAUCUUGGUCAACGGGAGCGUGUGCCAGCCGGGAGCUGGAGGCCUAUGUGCCAGCCCCGGGGGCCCGCCCUAUCUCCCAUUUACUCUUUGCUGACGACUGUCUUCUCUUGGCCAGGGCACGGAUUCCAGAGGCACGGGUCCUACGCAGGGUGGUGGCAGACUACUGCGUGGCAUCCGGUCAAAGAGUGAAUUUCCUUAAGUCUGCCGUCUUCUUCAGCCCCAGCACUGAGACCGGAGUCAGACAGGAGAUCAGAGGGAUACUGCAGGUACCGGAGCAGGAGGGGACGCUGACCUACCUUGGCGUCCCUAUCACUGGUCGGAGGCUACGGGUGGCCGAGUGCUUGGGCUUGGUGCAGCAGGUUCAGAGCAGGCUGGAGGGAUGGAGGGCAUCCUCCCUAUCCAUGAUGGGGAGAGUGACUUUGGUCAGAGCAGUGCUGGGAUCUAUUCCGGUGUACCUUAUGGCCAACACAGUAGUACCGAAGACGAUUCUGCUGAGGAUCGAGCGCCUUCUUCGGUGCUUUCUGUGGGGGUCAUAUGGUGGAGGCCAUGGAGUGCACCUGGUAGCUUGGGAGCAGGUUUGCCUUCCCACUAGCGAGGGUGGUCUAGGGGUGCAGUCCCUCAUUGAGAGGCGAGAGGCACUUAUUGCCCGGCACGCGGCCCAGUUCAUGUUAGUGCCACACAGCUUCUGGAGUCAGGUGAUGGCAGCUAGAUAUGGUCAGGGGGCUUCAGCAGCAGCACGGACCGGUCGUCGAGUCUCUUUCAUGUGGCGCGAGAUCGGGAGGUACCUACCAUCAGUUGCAGCACAUACCAGGUGGUUGAUCGGCGACGGCCGGAGUAUUGAUGUGACCAGUGACUCGUGGGUGGACACCCUUCCCCUGAGUCGCUGGCCGACCAUGGUUGAUACAGAGGCAGUGGAGGGGCUACGGGUGUGCGAUCUCCUAGCACCAGGAGGGGCCGAGUGGGAUGAGGCCCGGUUACGACUGCUCUUCGGGGUACACCUAGCUGUGAGGAUUCGGUCCCUCCCGCUUCCAGGAUGUGGGGGGCCGGAUGUUAGAGUUUGGGGCACUUCGAGCAGGGCCGGUGUUAGACUGGGAGACCUCUCCCCGCGCCAUUCAGCCAGAGCACGAGCCGGGGCCAGAUUGCGCUUGGAUCUGGAGGUCCGGUCUCCACCCGAGGGCAGCUCUCUUUUUGUGGAAGGUGUUCUGGGACCGCCUUCCGACGAGAGCAGUAUUGAGCAGGCGUGGCUGGGGGAUCCCUGCGGAGUGCGGGACGUGUGGAGCUGA